CCUCCCGCGCGCUCCCAGGCUCUGGCCGCCGCCUCGUUGAGCCCAGAAGGAGCCGGGCCGGGGCAGCUGGACCGGACCGGGGCUGCAGGCAGGCGCAAGGACCCUGAGGCUAUGAAGUGGCCCCCGGGGGCCCGAAGCGCGAGAGCUCCCGGAGAGGGAGGCGCUCGCGGCCCAAGGCAGCAGCCUGGGGGCGCCGGGGCCGGGGCGUAGGGAGCCGCCGCCCGGGAUGGAACGCGCCGGGGACGAUCCCGACUCGUCGCCGCAGGUGUCCAUCUCUGAGGGUUCCUGACCUUGCCCCUGGACAACUGCCCCUUCUCAGACUCCUGUCAGGCUGGACUCUGCAAACCUGCUUCCGCAAUGGGUAAUGAGGAGCUGUGGGCGCAGCCAGCCUUGGAGAUGCCGAAGAGACGGGACAUCCUUGCGAUCGUCCUCAUCGUGCUGCCCUGGACUCUUCUCAUCACUGUCUGGCACCAGAGCACUCUUGCACCUCUACUUGCUGUGCACAAGGAUGAGGGCAGCGACCCACGGCGGGAUGCGGUGCCAGGCGCAGACUCAAGGGAGUACUGCAUGUCCGACCGUGACAUCGUGGAGGUCGUGCGCACCGAAUACGUAUACACUAGGCCCCCGCCUUGGUCCGACACCCUACCCACCAUCCACGUCGUGACGCCCACCUACAGCCGCCCAGUUCAAAAGGCCGAGCUGACGCGCAUGGCCAACACGCUGCUGCAUGUUCCCAACCUGCACUGGCUAGUGGUGGAGGAUGCACCUCGUCGUACGCCACUGACUGCGCGCCUGCUGCGCGACACCGGUCUCAAUUACACUCACCUGCAUGUGGAGACACCCCGCAACUACAAGUUGCGAGGAGAUGCCCGUGACCCGCGCAUCCCACGGGGCACCAUGCAGCGCAACCUGGCCCUGCGCUGGCUGCGAGAGACUUUCCCGCGUAACUCCACCCAGCCUGGUGUGGUGUACUUUGCUGACGACGACAAUACCUACAGUCUGGAGCUCUUUGAGGAGAUGCGCAGCACCAGGAGGGUGUCCGUGUGGCCUGUGGCCUUUGUUGGUGGACUUCGUUAUGAGGCCCCACGGGUGAACGGGGCAGGGAAGGUGGUUGGCUGGAAGACAGUGUUCGAUCCCCAUCGACCAUUUGCCAUAGACAUGGCUGGAUUUGCUGUCAACCUGAGGCUCAUUCUACAGCGAAGCCAGGCUUACUUCAAGCUGCGUGGCGUGAAAGGAGGCUACCAGGAAAGUAGCCUCCUUCGAGAACUUGUUACCCUCAAUGAUUUGGAGCCCAAGGCAUCCAACUGUACCAAGAUCCUGGUCUGGCACACACGAACAGAGAAACCGGUGUUGGUGAAUGAGGGGAAGAAGGGCUUCACUGACCCCUCAGUGGAGAUCUGAGCCUCAGGAUGAAGG